CAACAGCAAUUUGAAGACUGCUUCACCAAGUUCAUAUUUUCCUUUGACUUAAGUGUCUCAACAGCGUGUUCUUUCUCUUCCAUAACAGCCCUUGGCGAGACAUGGGAAAUGCAAUACUCAGCUCCAUCUUCUCUCUAGCAAACACAACAAACAUGGAGACAGCACCAACUCCCGACGCAUUUGCUCCCACCUCCGCACCACCUCUUGCUUCAGUGAGCCCCUCCUCCCAAUCCUCACCCUACCCAUUCGCCCUCGCCCCCGACAUCAUCCGCGCCCACCAAAAAGACGCCUACUUUCAAGGCGUCCUCACGAACCAACUAACCGAUCUACACCGCCGUCUCCUCGGCGCCCGCUCCGCGCACACCUGGACCACCGAAUCCCGCACCAUCGCCGACCUACUCUAUCUCUGCCUCACCACCCUCCUUGGCAACCGCACUCUCGGCGAGGAAUACUGCGACCUCGUGCAGGUCGAAUCGGAAACUGGCGGGGCGCUGCCUGCCCUCCCGAGACGGGCGACGUACAUUGCUGGGAGCAUAUUGUUGCCAUAUGCCCUGGCGAAAGUGUUGCCUGGGUUGAGGGCAAGGAUGAGGGUAAGGUUGGAAAGGAGUCUUGCGCGGAUGAAGGCGCAGGAUCCGAGGAAGUGCGGCUCGUGGGCGUACAGGGUGCGGGCUUAUGUGUUGGCGCAUCUGUCUUCUAUCACGAGUCCGGCGCCAGUUCAUGCGCUCAAUCUGGCGCUGUUUUACUUCAGCGGGUCGUACUAUGAGCUUGCGAAACGGGUUACGGGGCUGCGAUAUGUGUUUACGCGGAAGGUAGGGGAGGACUCUGAUAGAGCAGGAUACGAGGUGUUGGGUGUGUUGCUCGUGGUGCAGAUGGCUGUGCAGACGUACCUGCAUAUACGUUCAACACUCUCCAACGUGGAGAGUCGAGAGUCACGGGAGCGGAUGUCUUAUGAAAGUUUCAACACAUCUUUGGAUGCGAACGCUUACAGCACUAAUAAUGCCCUGCUUUCGUCCAUGGGCACCCCCGGUGGGCUGCAGACGCACAUAGACCUGGGAGCGGCGACUCACACACCUGUGCUGGCUGAGCCGCGGUACGAUUUGGCGAAUGAGAAAACCUUGGGUUGGAUCAAAGGAUCGCAGCAACGGAAAUGCACAUUGUGCCUGGAAGAGUUGAAGGACCCCGCGGCGACGCAGUGUGGUCAUGUAUUUUGUUGGGCGUGUAUAGGAGACUGGGUUAGGGAAAAGCCUGAAUGUCCGCUGUGUAGGCGGGCGUGUAUGGGGCAGCAUAUAUUGCCACUGAGGGCCGUUUGAGUGUACGACUGCAGAGCUGAGUGUGCUCAGGGGGCAUGUACUUUUCAAGUGUACAACGGAUUUUGACUGAAUUGGACAUGACGCAAGCCAGGGUAAAUACCCAGGCAUGUAAAUAACAGGUACGUAUUGAUGUUGCACAUCCGUAAUGGUGCCUCGUAGUUAUUGCUCAAUAGUGGAAGAGCGACGAUGUCAUGGAGCAUUUUCUAGGCAUACAAUUGCCACAUAAUUGCAGAUUCCCU